UAUCUUGUGUGUCCUACUUUGUCUGCCUAGUCUGUUACCUGCCAGCGUGGACUUCUGCCUUUUUUCCUGGUUAAGUUUGCCUAAUCUUUGAUUGCCUACCUUGUUUCCUGACUCCCGCCUGUUUUGUGACAUCCAGUGACAACAAACUUUUUUAUAUUAAUCUGCUUGGUCUCUGGGCUUUGGAUUUGGGUCCAAACCUCCAUUUUCUGAGUCAUUACAGAAUAUAUAUAAUAAUUUAUCUCAAAUUUUUUAACCUUCAUACUUCUUCAAAUUAUUCUUUCACCUCUUAUGGUAAUUAUAAUUUUUAUUGCCUUUUUAGCACAGCAUAUAUGUCACUGCACAUGCUGUAUGGACAUAGUCAAUCUUUACUAACACAUACAUCAGCUCAAAUGUCAAGUAGCCCAUUUGCAGCAUCUCAGCUCUGAAAGCAUCUUUGUUCACGAUCAUGUAGUGGAACGACGAUGACUUCAGCUAUACAGUAAGAUUUGUGUAAAAAUAUGAAUCAUAAGGCAGUUCAGUAACGAGCAACACAUUGGUGCUGGGUUGGAUAGCAGUCUGAAUGGAGUCUGAUGAAGAGAUAAACAACCAGCUCUCUCUUCUCUGCUAGUCUCAUGUCCUAGGCGUGGAGAAUGUGUUCUGCUCUUUGAGUAGUCAGAAUUUCCAAAAUGUCAUGUGUUAUAUGUGGGUUUACUUGAUCCCUUAACCUUAAUAAGCAUGGAUCCUCAUUUUCCUUUGCUCCACCCCUCACUUUAACUGUCCCCUGCUCUGCAGUUUAGUGCUCUUUUGUGAGGGAAAGCCUUGUUGGAGGAUAGCCUUUGUUUUUUGUUCUCUUACUUUCUUUUUUCUGCAUCCUUCACCUCUAUCUUCUCGUCGACCUCACUUUUAGCUUCUGUAUUUGCUGCUUUCCUUCUCUUCUUUGCCGUUUGUUCCACUCCACUCCAUCCUGCUGUCAGUGCUGUUUAGUGUGCACAGCGCUCUUCUGCAAUGUGGUGGCUGCUAAGUGUAUUGAUCUGCAUGCUGCUGGUGGUCGUCAUCUUCUUCAUGACCACUGGGCAACGCCACAAGGUGUUCAGUGAGAGGUGCCUGAGGCCACCAGGACCCUUGGUGACUGACACCAGACAGAGGGACGGCAGGCUGAAGAGAGGGUUUCGUGUGGAACGUGUUCCCCCUGCUCUGGAUGCGGUGGUGAUCGGCAGUGGAGUGGGAGGCUUGACAGCAGCGGCGCUUUUGUCCAAAGCAGGAAAGAGGGUUGUGGUUCUGGAGCAACAUGAUCAGGCUGGAGGCUGCACACACACCUUUCAGAAUAAGGGAUUUGAGUUUGACGUGGGUAUACAUUACCUGGGCCAGCUGCACGAGAACAGUCUGCUGAGGGUUGCUCUGGAUCAGAUCACAGAGGGACAGCUGCAGUUCACAAGGCUAGAGCAGCACUUUGACACACUGGUCCUGGGUCAGCUUGACCAGCGCAGGGAGUACCAUAUCCAUGCAGGGAAGACCGAGAUGGCAGCUAGCCUGAAGAAGCAGUUCCCAGGAGAAGAGCAGGCGAUUGAUGAGUUCAUGAGAUUGAUGAAGCUAGCCUCACGGCGAACACCACUAAUUGCCGCAUUGAAGAUGAUACCAUAUUGGCUUGUUACCUUCCUGGUUCGGACUGGCCUGUUGAAUCGCAUAUCUUCAGUGUUUCGCCUAGCAGUAACCAACCACUCAGAAAUGAUGUCCAGCCUCACACAAAACAAGGACCUGCAGGCAUUGUCUUCCUACCUGUUCUACGGUGUGCCGCCUAAAGAUUCCAGCUUUCUCAUCAAUGCCCUCCUUCUUCAUCACUACAAGCGUGGUGCAUACUACCCACGGGGGGGCUCCAGUGAGUUUGCCUUCCACAUCAUCCCUGUCAUUCAGCAGGCAGGCGGUGCCGUGCUGGUCAGGGCUCCUGUACAACGCAUCCUGCUCAGCCAGCAAGGGAAGGCCUGCGGUGUGACAGUGCUCAAAGGGCAAGAAGAGAUUGAAGUCCAUGCCCCUGUUGUCAUUUCCAACGCUGGAAUCUUCAACACCUUCCAGAAGUUUCUGCCUCAGCACAUACAGGACAAACCAGAGAUCCAGUCACUGUUGCGUAUGGUACGUCAUGGUAUGGGAUCCUUCUUGGUUUUUGUUGGUCUGGAUGGAACCAAAGAGGAGCUGGGCAUUGUUUCCACCAACUUCUGGAUGUAUAAAGACAAUGACUUGGACUCACUUAUGGAGCGAUACUCUUCGCUGAGCAGAGAGGAGGUAUUGGGGAACAUCCCCAUGAUGUUCAUCACCUUCCCAUCCGCUAAAGAUCCUACAUCCACCAUCAGACACCCAGGUAAGUCCUGCAUGACGUUGCUAACCAUGGCUCGCUAUGAGUGGUUCGAGGAAUGGGAGGGGACAAAGCUUGGCAAGAGGGGACAGGACUACGUGGAUCUGAAAAACAGCAUGGCCCAAGAGCUGCUAGACUGGGCUCUAACAAUCUUCCCUCAGUUGCAAGACAAGGUGGUGAUGGUGGAUGCUGCCACUCCACUAACUAAUGUCCACUAUUUGGGCGCUCCAAGAGGCGCGAUGUACAGCGCUGAACACAACUUGGAGCGCUUCACCCCAGAAACGGUGGCUAGGACACGGCCACAGACACCGAUCGGUGGUCUCUACCUAACAGGUCAGGACGUAUUCUGUAACGGCAUGGCUGGGGCGCUGCACGGUGGACUGCUCUGCUCUUCAGCCGUCCUCAAUCAGAUCCUCUACAUUGACCUUCUUGCCCUGAAGACCCGCCUCAAAAACAAACAGACCAGUCAUAACUGACCUGGUGGUGAAGGGGCCGUAGUAGAAUGUAAAUGCAAAUUGUAGCAUUUACACAGUCCACCGUGAGCACAGUAAAAAUUCUUAGAUGAUG